UUAUAGGGGCAGUGGUGGCUCUCAAAGUCCCCUCAGCUUUACCCAGCCCUGGGGAGGCAGCAAUAUGGGCAGACCCUGCAGGCACGGGGCAGAGCCUGAGCUGGGAUCCUUGCAGUUUAGAAGGGCAUUGCAACUGGAGAACACACUGCAACUGGGGAACGCACUGCAACUGGGGAAUGCAUUGCAAUGGAGAACACACUGCAAUUGGGGAAUGCAUUGCAACAUGACAGUGAGGAGCUUCAAAGGUGUGAUAUUCCUACAGGUUUCACAAACAUAAUGUUUUUGGAGGGAGGCCCAGAGCAGGACCCUGGUUCUGUCACAACAAGAAGACUGCAGCAACCUCAGCUCAGCCCUGGCUGGCACCAAAUAACUGUGCUCCAGCAAUGGUGUUCUCCCCUGGGUGCAGCCAAGAGCCUGCAGACACCCAGCUGGCGAGUGGAGAUGGGGGGAGAAGGGGGAGGACUGCUGCACCUCUGCUGUUAAUUAGUAAUUUCUGGGCUAUGUUUGGAGCUCUGCUGACCUUUGUGCACCCGCAGCUGUGAGCAGGGCGGGCGAGGAGGCGGCUGACCCCAAUCAGCCCCAUAGCUGGCUAAUUAUUCAUCACUAACUGCUGUGGUGCAGUUAGGGAAACCUCAGCAGGGGUUCAGGGUGGUCAGUGGGCCAAGGAAAUUUGGAGGUGGAUGGGAGGAGAUGUGGAGAGCUCUGAGGGAGGUGUUGGAGAGAGAAAGGUUCUUCAGGCUCUUGCUCUGUAAUUAAAAGCAAUUAGUAGUUGCACUGUGUCUUGCUCCCAAUGGCACAGCAGAGUGCAUUGUGGGUGCCAGGCAAGCGUGCAAAAGCAUGGAGCAUCCCUAGUGCAUCCCAGUGCCUGUGUGCACACCCAACCUGAACCCCUUUGUAUGCAUGCAACCCACAACCUGGAAGGGCCGUUUCCUUUAGCCCCAUUGGAUGUCCCCUUCAGGGACCCUUCCCACAGGAGGAUCUCCUCCCUGCAGCCCCAGGGUUUGCAGCAUCCCCCCCCCAGCCUGGGGCAAAGGGCACAGCCCCUCUGCUCCUCCUGCAGAGGGCUGUUACUCAUUAUCCCCCCUGGGCCUGGGGAGGGGCUGCUUGCUGAGCCAGGCAGCAGCAACCCCACAUCACUCCACGUCAUCCCCCCACGUCGUCCUGCGUUGAUCUGCCUUGUCCUGCAUCAAACCCCACAGCACCCCACGUUUUCCAUCCAGCAGUAUGGUAAGGAGGGGAGGGGGGCACCCCAUUGUGGGGUAGCAUUUGGGGUGGAGGGGGGCUAUUAUUUAUUGUGACUUUUGGUAAGGAUCGGUUAACAAAUUAAAUGAUGUGGUGAGAAACCAGAAAGGUUUAUUGUAAGAAAGGGGGGAGGGAGGAAGCAGAUUCCCUUUAUGGGAUAGGAUCAGGAAUUGAACAGGAUUUUCUGACCCACCGAACAUCUCUUUUCCUCAAUUUUGUUCUUUUUUCCCCCAUGUAUUUCAUAAAGUCUCCCUGUUACCCUGGCUCUGCAUCUGUAACUCAUCCCAUCCCCCUCCUCACCCCCAGGGCUGUGAGCUGUGGGAUCAGCAUUGCUCUUGAUGGCCCUGUCCCCAGGCAGUGUCACCUCCCUGGGCAGGGUGAUGGGCCAUCAGGCAGUGUCCCUGCCCUGCCCUGGGGGAGCUGGGAUGGGAGCACUGGGAUGAGGGGGAUGGAGGAGCUGGGGUACCCCUGUUGCUCCCUGGAGAGGUUUGGUUAGAUUUGGGGUGUCCUCCUAUAGGGUCUGCUUUUUGCAUGUCCAUGCAAAGCGGGUUGGGAGCUGAGCCCAGGUCUAUCAAACUGGUGCAGAAAAAGCUGUGCAAAGUGUGAGAGAAUGGGGUGGGCUGUGCUGAUGGGAGAUGCCUACAGCAAUCCUCCCACAUCUCCCCACUGACUGUGGGGACAUCGCCAGCAGGGUGUUGGGCUGAGAUGAGCUUCUGUGUCCUCAGUAACCAGCUCCUGUGGAAACCCAGCCCUGGUACGGGGGCUUUGACUGACAAAGGAUGAAGAGCAGGGGAGGCAUUUCACACAAUCACAGACACAUUCCAGUUGGAAAAGAUCACCAAGCCCACUGUCCCUCAGUGCCACAUCCCCAGGGUUCUGGAGCACCUCCAGGGAUGGUGACCCCACCACCUCCCUGGGCAGCUGUGCCAAUUCCCAACCACUAUUUCAGAGGAGAAAUGUUUCCUAAUACCCCACCUGCACCUCCCCUGGCACAACUUGAGGCCAUUACUUCUUGUACUAUCCGUUCUGCUCUGUUUCACGUCUUGAUUUUGACCCAGGUUCACGGCCAAGGAGGAGUCAAGUUCCAGAACUGGGCCAAGACUUAUGGCUCUUCCCCAGAGCUGUACUUCCAGCCCACCUCAGUGGAGGAGAUCCGGGAGAUCCUGGAUAUGGCCCGACAGCGGAACAAGAGGGUGAAGGUGGUGGGGGGUGGCCACUCGCCCUCUGACAUCGCCUGCACCGAUGACUUCAUGAUCCAGAUGGGGAAGAUGAACAAGGUCCUCAAGGUGGACAAGGAGAAGCAGCAGGUGACGGUGGAAGGUGGGAUCUUCCUCUCAGAUCUGAACGUGGAGCUGAGCAAGCAUGGGCUGGCGCUGGCCAACUUAGGAGCAGUUUCUGAGGUGGCAGCAGCUGGUGUGAUUGGGACAGGGACGCACAACACUGGGAUCAAACAUGGCAUCCUCCCCACCCAGGUUGUAGGGCUCUCACUGCUGACAGCCUCAGGGGACAUCCUGGAGUGCUCUGAGUCCAUCAAUGCAGACAUCUUCCAGGCUGCCCGCCUGCACCUUGGCUGCCUGGGUGUUGUGCUCACCGUUACCUUCCAGUGCGUGCCCCAGUUCCACCUGCACGAGGUGACCUUUCCAUCCACUCUCACCGAGGUCCUCAAUCACCUUGAUGACCACCUGAAGAGAUCCCAAUACUUUCGAUUCCUGUGGUUCCCACACAGUGAGAAUGUCACUGUCAUCUACCAGGACCCCACCAACAAGCCCCCCUCUUCCUCUGCUAACUGGUUUUGGGAUUAUGCUGUUGGGUACUACUUGCUGGAGUUUCUCCUCUGGAUCAGCACCUUUGUGCCCAGCUUGGUGCGUUGGAUCAACCGCUUCUUCUUCUGGCUCCUCUUCAGCUCCCGGGUGGAGAACAUCAACGUCAGCUACAAGAUCUUCAACUACGAGUGCCGCUUCAAGCAGCAUGUGCAAGACUGGGCCAUCCCCAUUGAGAAGACAAAGGAAGCGCUGCUGGAGCUGAAGGCUGCUCUGGAGAACAACCCCAAGAUGGUGGCCCAUUACCCUGUGGAGGUGCGCUUUGCUAGAGCGGAUGAGAUCUGGCUGAGCCCCUGCUUCCAGCGGGACAGCUGCUACAUGAACAUCAUCAUGUACAGGCCCUAUGGGAAGAACGUGCCCCGGCUCAACUACUGGCUGACCUAUGAGGGCAUCAUGAAGAAGUAUGGUGGGAGACCACACUGGGCAAAGGCCCACAGCUGCACCCGCAAGGAUUUUGAGAAGAUGUAUCCGGCCUUCCCCAAAUUCUGCUCUGUCCGGGAUAAGCUGGACCCUACAGGGAUGUUCUUGAACACCUACCUGGAAAAGGUGUUCUACUAACAGCAUGAAAAUGGGGCAGUGCAGGAGAUGGAAAUCAGCUGUCAUCCCUGGUUCUCAGGACACCCCAAAGCUCAUGGUCCUUGGUGACCCCAAAAUGCUGUAUUCCCAGCUCUGUUCCCAGCUGUUGCAAUGGCAGGCAGCGUGGGCUGGCCCUGGGAAUGGGGCUGUAUGUUGGGUAUCACUUCUGGUGGGUCCCUGAGAUGUGCACAGUCCUAAGUGUCUCCUGUCCAGACCAACAUCUGAAUAAAGACUUUCUUG